AGGUUCUUUCAAAUGGUUGGGUAGCUAUGAGGAACUUAAAAAGUUUUGUGAUAAAAUCUUGAAGAUCGACUCAAGAUGGCUUGUGCCCAGAGUUGGAUGUAAAUCAUUUGAAAACGAAGAUAUAACGAUCAGCUGGUACUCAACAAAUAAUUCACUGAUAAUUAACGGUCAAGAUGGUGAAUCGCUUCGAAACGAGCUUAAAUUGAUCGCAAAACCAAUGGACGAAAGCGUUGGGGAUUCGCAAGAUGACGAAUUGAUUUGUGCCGAAGGCGACAGUAUACAGUAGCUUCAACUCGAAUUCAUGGGAAGGUAGACGAAGUUGUUCAAUCGGAAGAAAGCCCUCAGGUAACUGCCAAGGACUCUUCUGAGUAUGUUUACUUUCAAAAUCAGGUAAGCGAAAUUAAAUCAAAUCUAGAUCAGCACAUUGAUAAAACGAGAGCGGAACUUCAACGAAUAGAGGCAUCUCUUGCAGAUCAAUUUCAGCUAAAAGAAUUACAGUUCAACGAAUGGACAAACGAACUUGCCAAAUAUUGCUUGUCCAACUUAGAGACCCAAAACUGUAAGCUCAAACAAGAAAAUAUUCAGCUUAGGAUCGAUAAGGACAAUCUUAAAGAUAGACUCAAUUCUGUCUCCUACGUUGUCUCUGACCUAAACACCAAAAUUAAAGAUAUCGAAAGUGAAAAGCUUAGUCUAGUCACUGCUAUAAAGCUAUUACAAGAAGACAACAAUUUAUCAACAAUAAAUAACAGAGAUUCGGCUUGCAGUUCGUGGCAAACUUCAAGGUCUAAAGCACAAAGUAAUGCGCAUAAUAUUUCCUCUAAUGGUGGGCAUAAUAUAGCCGUACGCAUGACUGAUCAGAAUAAUCAAACACCAGAGGCAAUGACAAAAACAUCAAAUACGUUUGAUAUCUUGUCUGUGGAAAGUUGUUCUGAUAAUGAAAGCGACACAAAUGUAGAUGAUAGUACUUUGAAGCUCAACACU